AUGCAACAGCGCACUGCCGGCUCUGACCAUCAUCACUUGUGUCACGUCCAGCAAGUCACGCCCUACCCAAAGGACAAACACCAUUUCUACCUGAAUGACAAUAAAAGCGAUGCCGUCGAACCUCAGCCAUACCACGCUUGUCGAGCUCUAAGCACCAAAAAGAUGGUUCAUUGUUAUUUCUGUCCUCACUUUCAAGGCCAGGAUGAUUGUCUCAAAAUAUCGGCUAUCAUGAUCGACGUGAAAUUAAAUGCAUUCACCUCCAACCCCGGUUUAAGUCUCCAGACUCGAGUGAAUACGAAGAGCACAACUACCACGCUGGUCAUGACCAUACCCAAGGUAUUCACCCCAACGAGCGACAACAUUGCCCAGCGACAGUCAAAAACAUUCACCCAAAAAGUCCAAAUGGCCUAUUUGACCGCGUCCACCAUCACGCUGCACCACAAGCUCCAGGUACUUGUGCUGGUGCUACCGUGUGUAGGUCACAUGAAGACGGGUGCGGAAGGAACAUAA